GAAAACUGAACUCGAAUUCAUCACAAAGAGCGCAACAGCAAAUUCGGUCGUUGCACGCAGGAAUCGAAUUGUCUGCAUAAAUACAAGAGACGAGUGGCAGAAAUGAGCUCGCAAACGGUGCCGUAUCACCAACCGGCCACGCUGGAAGAAGUUCGAACCCUUUGGAUUGGGGAUUUGCCUUAUUGGGCCGACGAGAACUACCUCCGCGGCUGGUUCUCGCACACUGGCGAGGUCCUCUCAAUCAAAGUAAUUCGCAACAAAAUCACAGGUCAGCCCGAGGGUUACGGGUUUGUGGAAUUUACAUCACAUCAAGUAGCAGAAAGCAUUCUGCAGUCCUAUAAUGGAACACAAAUCCCCGGGACUGAAUUAACUUUCAGGUUGAAUUGGGCAUCUUCUGGGAUUGGAGAAAGGCGUGCUGAUGGAGGCCCUGAGCACUCUAUUUUUGUCGGGGAUUUAGCACCUGAUGUUACAGACUACCUGUUGCAGGAGACUUUCAGAGCUAGUUAUCCAUCAGUUAGAGGGGCCAAGGUGGUGACAGAUCCUAACACUGGGCGUUCUAAGGGAUAUGGAUUUGUUAAGUUUGCUGAUGAGAUGGAAAGGAACAGAGCAAUGGUUGAGAUGAAUGGUGUCUAUUGCUCAACUAGGCCCAUGAGGAUUAGUGCAGCAACACCUAAGAAAACAGCUACUGGUGUACAACAGCAGUAUGGUGCCGCUAAAGCAAUAUAUCCACCUCCAGUUUACACAACACCAGUGCAGACACUUCCUGUUGAUAACGAUAUAAAUAACACUACUGUUUUUAUUGGUAAUCUGGAUCCCAAUGUAACAGAAGAAGAACUGAGGCAAAUAUUCCUGCAAUUUGGGGAUAUUGUGUAUGUCAAAAUCCCAGCAGCCAAGGGCUGUGGAUUUGUGCAAUUUGCCGCAAGGACAUCUGCAGAAGAAUCAAUCCAAAGGAUGCAGGGUGCUGUGAUUGGCCAACAGGUUGUCCGACUUUCUUGGGGAAGGAGUCUAACAGCGAAACAGGAUGCUACUGGCGUCUGGGGUCAAUCGGCAGAUCCAAGUCAAUUGAGUGCUUAUUAUGCUUAUGGACAAGGCUAUGAUGCCUAUGCUUAUGGAGCCUCUCAGGAUCCUUCAGCAUAUACAUAUGGUGCAUACGCUGGUUAUGUACAGUACCCUCAUCAGACGGAAGGGGCUCAGGAUAUGGCUGCCUUAUCAGGCAUUGCUCCACCGAUGGAACACAGAGAGGAAGCAUAUGAUCCCUUGGCUACACCAGAUGUUGACAAGUUAAAUGCUGCCUACCUUGCUGUUCAUGGAAGUGCCAUUUUGGGAAGGCCUUUGUGGCAGACCACCUCUUCACUGCCACAGCAAACUUAAAUGUUAGUGGUCCACAGACAAUAUACUUGUUUUUGGUUGCAAGGAGAAAGUAAUGCAUCUCAUUCUGAACUAAAUGUUGCACGUCACGUACAGCACAACCAUCCUUAUGCCACAAACUUUGAGUCCUAGGUUCUGGUGAGGCAUCUAAAUCCUUAGUAUUACUACAUCACUGCCAGAUUAACUCCUGCAUGCAAGGAGGGAUUACUUUUAUGAGUUUUAGUAAUCCUUCAAAUUGAGAUAGUCAAUGUAUUUUCUUGCCAUCUAGGAAUUGGUCCCUGAAUCUAUAUAUUAAAAUUUGUAGUUGAGAGAAUGCAUCAAAGCUUCUUACCAUUAUGAAUAUCAUGUACGAUUUUGGCGUUGUAAUGAAAUAUCUUUGCUCAAA